CCUAAACGCAAAGUAUAUUCGCAACUUGCGAUCUUCAUUGCUCUGGAAGCCUGAGUUGUGACCUUCGUUCUACAGAGAGAAACAGCCAUAUUUCUAGAGAGAGGCAGGCCCCACGAUCUGUUCGUGCGCGAGUACUUGGUGUGAUUGUAUCCCAGGUGGGUUCUCCUUUAGCUAGUUGAAGGAGAGAGGUCAAUAAUGGCGGAGAAGAAGAGGAGGAACGACGCAAGCAGUAGUAGCAGCGGCGGCGGAAGCAACAGAGGCGAAAGCGUCGUCGGCGAUGUUGGCCGCCGCAGAAGCUCUUGCGGGUAUUGCAGAUCCGGUGGAAACACCAGUAUUUCUCACGGUCUAUGGGCAAAGAGUUUGACAGUUGAUCACUAUCAAGCCCUUCUCGACAAAGGUUGGAGAAGAUCUGGCUGUUUCCUUUACAAACCUGAGAUGGAAAGGACAUGCUGCCCUGCUUAUACUAUCCGUUUAAAGGCAAGUGAUUUUUGCCCUUCAAAAGAGCAACUCAGAGUCUCUAAACGGAUGCAAAGGUUUCUAGAUGGCACGUUGAAUGUGAAAAAGAGGGAGGAGUUCAUAGAUGAGCCAAACAUUUCUGAGGCUUCAUGCAGCGGUGCCCCUGCUGAAAUUGCAGGUUCUGCAGCGAGGGAAUCAUUGGCAGGUAAAAAUGAAGAGAAGAAUGUAGAGUUUCUGCAUUAUUUGUCAGACAAGAUUAAUAAUGCAGUACAUGCGUUUGUUGGAAGUGAAAACUUUCCCCAUGAUAUUCAAUUGCCAAAAGCUUCUGUUAAAGAGGUUGCACCAUCCAAAAGGAAGUUGCUUGUGGAAGGAUCCGAGGAUCUGUUGUUCUCCUCCAAUAUUUCCUUCCAGAUUGCAGCUGCUGUAAGUCGGGCAGCGAAGGAAGCACACAAAGUGAAGUUAUCAAGAGAUAGCACCAAACAUAGUGGCCAGGCUGAUGAGCUCUCGCCAAACAUAAUUGCAGAAAAAUUGUCAAGUUCACUAAAUCAGUUGUCUGAGAUAUCUGGUCUUACAAUCAGAGCUUGCAAUGGGCACAUUAACUUCUAUUCUGCUAAUAAAGUUGUUUGGUUGGAUGAAGUGGUAGAAAAAGUUUCCAAGUCCAAAGAGUCUUAUUCAGGAAGUGGAGUUAAAGGGAGUUGUUCAAAGAAGGUCUCUAAAUGUCCUAGGGGAAAAAGUCAGAAGCUUGAGCUCCGUUUGAAAAGGUCAAGUUUUGAUCCAGAAGAAUUUGCCUUGUAUCAGAGAUACCAGAUUAACGUGCAUAAUGAUAGGCCAGAUCAUGUCACAGAAAGCUCAUAUAAGAGAUUUUUAGUUGACUCUCCCUUGGUAGAUGUUCAAUCACUUGGUAAUGGUACAGUUCCUCCAUGUGGCUUCGGUUCAUUCCAUCAGCAAUAUUUGAUUGAUGGCCAGCUAGUUGCAGUUGGAGUGAUUGAUAUCCUUCCAAAAUGUUUGUCAAGUAAAUAUCUAUUUUGGGACCCCGACUUUGCGUCUCUAUCACUUGGCAAAUACUCAGCCUUGCAAGAAAUAGCUUGGGUGAAAGAGAACCAACUCAAGUGUCCAAGCCUAGAGUAUUAUUAUCUUGGCUAUUACAUUCACUCCUGCAACAAGAUGAGAUAUAAAGCAGCUUAUCACCCAUCUGAGCUUCUCUGCCCUCUUCGUUACCAGUGGGUGCCAUUUGAGAUUGCAAGGCCAUUGCUUGAUAAGAAACCCUAUGCCAUCUUGUCUGAUUUUGCCGCACUACCAAAUGGAGAGUACUCAGAACCUAAAGCGCUUGAAGAUAAUAUGGAAAUGCAACAUGAUGACCCUGUCCAAGUAGAUAUGAAUGAUAUUCGUGUUGACGAAGAUGAAGAAUUGACUGAAAUUGAUUUUGAGGAUUCUGAUGAUGAAUCAGGCUCAGUAUCUGGUGGAUUGACUGCUGUGCUAGUAGAAGACGGAAAUGUUGGUGAUACUUUGAUUGGGUUGAAGGGAUCUCGCCUAAGAUAUCAGGAUCUACAACAUGCCUUCGGUCCCCCUGAACGGCGUUACUUGGAAACCCAGUUGCACAGAUACAUGAGAGCUGUGGGCACAGAGCUUUCUAAGCAAAUGGUUUAUUCGCUUGGGUUAUUCGGUAAAUAGUGCACUGAUUUAUCAGAUCUCAAUCUGAAAUAACAGGUUUCUAUUACCAAUGGCAACAUUCUGCCCAAAUCAUGUUUGGUUGCCGAAUUCGAGGAGACCAAAAUGUAGCUGUUAAUGGAGUUGUUUUUUCACGAGGCUUAUACGGAUUCAUGAGCAGUUGCAGUUUCAGAUUGCAUGAUUAAGCUAUGGAUUGUCUACACGUGUGCAGGUUAAGUGAUGUGUUCGCUUCUGCUGAUGAUUGAAAUGAACUUGGUUGGGACAAGUUGGUUGUCUGGAGUUGAGGAAAAUGAGAGUGUCUUGGAUGUAGAUAGGUUUAAUUUCAAUCUCCAUAAACCAUCUGUACUGGUAAAUUGGGAUUGGCUACUUACACAAUUAUCUGGACCUUCUGGAAAUACUCUCUUUCUCUCUCUCUCUCUCUCUCUCUCUCUCUCCACACAUUUGUUUGAUCCACGUUAUUGCAUGAUAUAGAAUUACAAGUUUCAUGGAGCACAUAUUUCGG